GCUAGGUCCCCUGAAUUGUUGCAGAUUCAAAUUGCUUUGUGUGGAAUGUUAUAUCCUAAUCAGGCUAUGGAGGAUCAGGUUGUUUGGUUGGCUUCUCCAUCAGGUUCUUUUCGAACAAGUGCUACUUGGAACUUCCUUAGGCGAAAAAGAUCUAAAGUACCCUGGUUUAGACUCAUUUGGUACUCAAAUUCUAUCCCCAAACAUAGUUUUAUUGCUUGGCUGGCUAUAUUAGAUAGACUAUCUACCAGGUCUAGGAAGAAGAAUUGGUCUUCUUCCAUUGAUGACACUUGUGUGCUAUGUGGGAAUGCAAGUGAAACUAGGAACCAUCUCUUCUUCUCCUGUCCCUACACUACUCAUAUUUGGGAAAAGAUUUCUUCUAUGCUGGAAAUCCCAUUAAACUGCAUUUGGCAAGAUGCUUUGAAUUGGUUAUGUAAGAGAGUUAAACAUAAGGCAUUGUAUAGCUCUCUUCUUAAAUUAGCUUGGUGUGCAUCAAUGUAUCAUAUAUGGAUUGAAAGAAACAGUAGGAUACAUAGACAGCUAUACAGAUCUCCUUCUGCAAUAAUUGUUAUGAUUCAAAUGGAUGUCCGAGACAAAGUACUGGGGUCUGUAAAGGAAAGGCCUUCUCCUAUGUCAAGGAAAAUUGCAGCUCAAUGGGGAUUAGAAAUUUUAUGUACAGCUAAGGUUUGAACAUACUUUAGUUUAGAAGUUAUUUCAUUUUUUGUACUAACAUUAGUAGUAGCCUUAAAAAGAGCUGUUUUGUAUAUAUUUUGGAAAUAAAUUCACAUUUUACCA